AUGCUAUCAUCGCUUUUCAAACCGUGUUUCUCUCUUCAGUUAUCUACCCGCAUUUCCGUUAACUCCUCUUCCGUAAUCCCUUUCAAUUUCUCAUUCCCUCUCUCUUCAACCCCUCGCCGUGCAAUGUCAAAACCUCGCCCCUCCGCCUUCGACGCCCUCAUGUCCGGCGCACGCGCCGCCGCCGCCAAGAAGAAACCCCCUCCGCCUACCUCAUCCUCAUCUCCCAAGAAAAGAAAAUCUCCUCCGCCUUCGCCUUUGCCUAAACCUCCUCAAUCCACACUCUCCGCUCAAAACCCUAACACCAACCUCAAAACCCUAGAAACAGUUGAAUCAGUUCAACAACCCCAUGAAACUGUCCAGGAAGAACCUCCGAGCAAGAUCCGUAACACUUUACCUUCUCCUAAGGACGUAGUCGCCGAAUUGAAGGAACGAGUUCCGCAGCUGAAGAAGAAACCGUCGAGUUUUGACCCGAGUGAGGUUGCUUGCUGGGAGAAAGACAAGCCUGUGCCGUUUUUGUUACUCUGUUUGGCGUUUGACAUGAUUGCAGCCGAGAGUGGGAGGAUUGUGAUGACUGACAUUGUGUGCAAUCUGUUGAGGACUGUUAUACACGCUGCGCCGGAUGAUCUUGUUUCGGUUGUUUAUUUAUCUGCGAACAGAAUUGCUCCGGCUCAUGUAGGGUUAGAAUUGGGGAUUGGUGAUGCUUCUAUUAUUAAGGCGCUUGCGGAGGCGUAUGGAAGGACCGAGAAGCAGAUUAAGAAUCAGUACAAGGAAAAAGGUGACUUGGGCUUAGUUGCGAAAGCUAGCCGAUCAUCGCAGUCUAUGAUGCGGAAGCCUGAACCUUUGACUAUUACAAAGGUGUUCAACAUAUUUCAUCUUAUUGCAAAGGAAUCUGGAAAAGACAGUCAAGAGAAGAAAAAGAAUCACAUAAAGUCACUUCUUGUUGCUGCAAUUGACUGUGAACCUCUAUACAUAAUCCGUUUGCUACAGUCAAAAUUGCGAAUUGGAUAUGCCGAGCAAACUCUCUUAGCUGCAUUAGGUCAUGCUGCAGUGUAUUCUGAAGAACAUUCUAAACCGCCUCAUGAAAUUCAGUCUCCUUUUGAAGAGGCUGCUAAAAUUGUUAAAAAAGUCUAUUCUGUUCUUCCCGACUAUGACAAAAUUGUGUCUGCACUUCUUUCACAUGGUGUAUGGGAACUUCCAAAGAAAUGUGAUUUCACUCCCGGUGUUCCUGUUGGGCCUAUGCUGUCAAAAGCAACCAAAGGUGUAGCUGAAAUUCUAAAUAAGUUUCAGGAUGUAGAGUUUACAUGUGAAUACAAAUAUGAUGGAGAGCGUGCUCAGAUACAUUACUUGGAGAAUGGCUCAGUAGAGAUUUACAGUAGAAAUGCUGAACGGAACACUGGGAAGUUUCCUGAUGUUGUUGCGGCAGUUUCAAGGUUAAAGAAAACAACAGUAUCAUCCUUUAUUCUUGAUUGUGAACUUGUUGCAUAUGAUCGUGCAAAACAGAGAAUCCUUCCUUUCCAGGUGCUUAGUACUCGGGCCCGCAAAAAUGUCAGCGUGAGUGACAUAAAGGUUGAAGUUUGCAUAUUUGCUUUUGAUUUGUUGUACCUCAAUGGCCAAGCACUUCUUCAAGAAAACCUGAAAAUCCGUAGAGAGCAUCUGUACGGCUCUUUUGAGGAAGAGACUGGAUUCUUUCAGUUUGCAACAUCAACUACAUCAAAUGAUGUUGAGGAGAUACAAAAAUUUCUUGACGAAGCUAUUGAUGCAAGUUGUGAGGGAUUAAUUAUUAAAACAUUGCAUGAAGACGCCACAUAUGAGCCCUCCAAGCGGUCACUCAACUGGCUGAAACUGAAGAAAGAUUAUAUGGAUAAUAUUGGGGACUCGCUAGAUUUGGUACCUAUUGGUGCUUUUGCUGGUCGAGGGAAGCGCACAGGAGUGUAUGGUGCUUUUCUCCUUGCUUGCUAUGACACUGAUAGGGAAGAAUUUCAAGGUCUUUGUAAGAUAGGAACUGGAUUCACAGAAAACGUGCUUGAAGAACGUUCUACUAGCCUUCGCACUAAAGUGAUUCCCAAACCAAAGGCAUAUUAUCAAUAUGGAGAAUCAGUCAAACCUGAUGUCUGGUUUGAAGCUAGUGAGGUGUGGGAGGUAAAAGCCGCAGAUCUGACCAUUAGCCCUGUUUACCGAGCUGCAGUGGGAACAGUAGAUCCCAAUAAGGGAAUAUCUCUGCGAUUUCCGCGUCUACUUCGAGUUCGGCCAGACAAAGCUCCUGAACAGGCCACCUCUUCAGAGCAGAUUGCUGAAAUGUAUAAAGCUCAGAAGCACAAUCACAACGACAUUCAGGAUGCCAGACAGAAUGAUGAUGAAGAUGUUUAA